AUGAAUACAGUUUCACCAGCCAAAAAAACCGUCAUAAUAAUCGGUGCAGGUAUUGCUGGGCUUAAAGCUGCAUCUACACUACAUCAAAAUGGUGUUCGAGAUUGCAUUAUUCUUGAAGCCAGAGAUCGAAUCGGUGGUAGAUUGCAAACCGUUACAGGCUAUCAAGGUCGAAAAUAUGAUGUAGGCGCUAGCUGGCACCAUGACACGUUGACAAAUCCUUUGUUUUUAGAAGAGGCUCAACUAAGUUUGAAAGAUGGGAAGACGAGAUUUGUCUUUGAUGACGAUAAUUUUAUUUACAUCGAUGAAGAACGUGGAAGGGUAGACCAUGACGAGAAGCUGCUUCUUGAGAUCGUGGACAAUGAAAUGAGCAAAUUCGCAGAGUUAGAAUUCCAUCAAAAUUUAGGAGUUGCAGAUUGCUCCUUUUUUCAAUUGGUAAUGAAAUAUUUACUACAAAGACGCCAGUUUCUUACAAAUGAGCAAAUAAGAUAUUUCCCGCAACUUUGUCGAUAUCUAGAAUUGUGGCAUGGCUUAGACUGGAAGCUUCUGAGUGCCAAGGAUACGUAUUUCGGUCACCAAGGAAGAAACGCCUUUGCUUUGAAUUACGACUCUGUGGUUCAAAGAAUUGCUCACAGUUUUCCUCAAAAUUGGUUAAGGCUAAGUUGUGAAGUAAAUUCGAUUACGCGAGAGUCGUCGCUGAAUGCGAUAGUGAAGUGUGAAGACGGUACUAUAUACAAUGCUGACUAUGUUAUUAUUACAGUACCUCAAAGUGUAUUGAGUUUAUCAGUACAACCUGACGAAGAUUCGCGAGGAAGAAUAGGAUUCCAACCAGCAUUAAAACCAGUAAUUCAAGAGGCUUUUGACAAGAUCCACUUUGGCGCACUAGGUAAAGUAAUUUUUGAGUUUGAGGAAUGUUGUUGGUCGAACGAAAGUUCUAAAAUUGCAACUUUGGCUAACUCUACUAAUGAAUUCGUUGAAAUAGUACGUAAUGCUAAAAAUUUAGAUGAAUUGGGUUCUAUGCUGGAAAAGGAAGAGUCCAAAAAGCAUACGAGCGUUACUUGCUGGAGUCAACCUUUACUUUUCGUAAAUCUAUCGAAAAGCACAGGAGUAGCAAGUUUUAUGAUGUUGAUGCAGGCACCGCUUACGAAUUACAUAGAAUCCAUUAGAGAAGAUAAAGAGCAUCUUUUCAGAUUCUUUCAACCUGUUCUGAACAAGAUUAUGAAGUGUUUGGGUUCUGAAAAUGUGAUUAACGGAAUGAAUCCAGAGGAAGAUCAUACAAAUGUUAAUAAACCAGUCUUGAAAAACAUUAUCGUUAGUAAUUGGACACGUGAUCCUUACUCUCGUGGCGCUUAUUCGGCCUGCUUUCCAGGAGAUGAUCCCGUUGAUAUGGUUGUGGCCAUGUCUAAUGGCCAGGACUCCCGCAUAAGAUUCGCAGGCGAACACACUAUCAUGGAUGGCGCUGGCUGUGCCUAUGGUGCUUGGGAAAGCGGAAGGCGGGAGGCAACUCGAAUCUCUAAUUUAUUGCAAUAG